AUGUUCAAGCUGGCAGUAUGGGCGCGACAAAUUGUCCGCGUCGUCCCCCGCUCACCUGGGGUGAUUGCCCGGGGCGCGGUCGACGACGUCUCAGCUUGGGUUGAUAAGAACGUCCCGAGUCUCAAGGGGACGUUUACGCCUAGUUGGUGGUUGCCCAAUGGUCACCUCCAGACGGCGUACAUCGUUAUGGGGGACUUUAGUAAGGUCGAUCGGGUGGAUUAUGUGCGCACCAUGUUGCGGUUGCCUGAUGGCGGGACAAUCUCCCUCGAUAUCACGCCCCCGAACCACUUGGAAUUACCCGCGGACGCACCAACACUCGUGGUCUGCCACGGCCUCACAGGUAACGCCAAUGAGAGUUACGUUCGCAACGUGCUCAACUGGGCCAUCAAGCCCCAGAGUGAGGGCGGUAUCGGCGCACGCGGCGUCGUCGUCAACUUCCGCGGUUGCGGCGGCACACCCCUGACCUCUCCACAGCUGUACUCGGCCGCCGCGUCGCUCGAUCUCAACUCGGCCGCGCACUACCUGCGAAACGCCUUCCCCCAGUCGGCGCUCCACGGUAUCGGCUUCUCCCUUGGCGCGUCCGUACUCGCCCGCUACCUGGGCGAACGUGGUGAAGAAUCUCUUCUCUCAUCUGGCACUGUCAUCGGAUGCCCGUGGGACGUGUCUGCUCUUUCCCACGCGCUCGAGGACGGCUUCUUCUCCUCCCGCCUGUACUCGCGGGCCCUGGGAGCCAAUCUCAUCAAGCUCUUCUUCCGACACUACGAGCGUAACCCGCGCAUGUGGGAGGAGAACGAGCGACUCAAGGACUGCGUGCCAGCCAUGAAGAACCUCAGGAGUAUGGGGAAUGACGUGCGCCUCAAGAUGGUCGAUGAGGUGCUCGUUUCGAAUGUUGGCGGGCCAAGACCUCCAUGGCCGUUUAACAGCGCCGAUGACUAUUACCAGUACGCAGGGAGCCACCAGCUCAUCCACAACAUCAAGGUACCCACGCUCGGCAUCAACGCAUACGACGACCCGGUCGUACACGGAACCGCCCUCCCGAUCACACAGGUGCAGGAUGCCUCGCACGUGUACCUCGCUGUCACGGGCGGUGGCGGCCACCUCGGUUGGUUUGACGGCCCUAUGAAGGGCCCGAAGUCGAAGGGCCGCUGGGUAGUCAAGCCCAUGGGCGAGUUCCUGACUGCUGCGGCCCGUGACCUGCCGCCUCGCGCGCCGGUUGCUGUGGCCCCGGGUCCAGGACCCGAGUGGGCGACCGUCACUGCGAAGAAGGAGGAGAUGUGGAUGCCCCCCGAGCUCGAGGGGUGGGAGAACGAGGUGGUCAACGGCAUGAAGGUCGAUAUCCCGGAACCCUCCUCUUCGUCGAUCGGCGACAGUGAGGGCUUCGUCGGCGGUGCACCCCUCACCCCAGCGCUCUCCGCUGGCGUGUUGUCCGAGGACGAAGAAGAGGCCGAGAUGAACUUUGACAUCUCGCGGAGUGACACCCCCGUCGCACACCUCCACGGGGCGUGGCAGUGGGUCCUGGCGCCGCCAAUGAUCUGCCAGACCGGCGCGGCGCCGUCUCGAGUAGGAUGGAAGGUACUCUGCCGCGACGAGGACACGAACAAAUGGAGCGAGACUGCCGCGCCCCAGCUGCAGGGAUUAGCGAAGCUGCGCCGCCGUGCUGCGCUCGCUCUUACUCUCCCUAUCCAUUAG